GCUUAAAAAGAAAUUCCUAGAUUUAUGGCCAACUUUGGUCGCUCCAAUCGAGAAACGCGGUGAGAGAAAUGAGAUUUUGUUAAGACUAAACUAAGUAACUAGGAUAUAGAGAAAGAGAGAAGAGAGAGUUUAGCCUAGAUUCUCUACACCUCACACACUCUUCUCCUAGUACUCUUCGGUCCAUAAAGAAAAAAGAAACAAAGGAGAGGAGAUACAAUACAAUACAGUACACUUCCCUACCUAAGAAAUAAGAAUCUUCCUUUUUCUUUCUUUUUAGUUCCUUUAAUCUCAACUCAUCCUUCAGUCUUCGCCGACAUGUCCCACUACAGAAGGAAAUAAAAAAUUUCAAACGACAAAUAAGGAACUUUACAGACUUGCUUUCUUUGCAGGAAGGUUUUCCUCUCCAAUCAUUUUGGUACUAAUAAUAUUCAUUAUUCACUUUUAUUUUUCUUAAAACUCCCAAGAAAGUGCAGAGGAGAUAGUGUGAAAGAGAGGAAGAAAUGGGUGAGUAUAGGAGUAUUUGUUCUUUACUAUUCUUGGCCCUGCUUUUGAGCUCCACCCAUGGAGAAAGCCCGUAUAGGUUCUAUGACUGGAAUGUCACCUAUGGUGAUAUCUAUCCUCUUGGAGUAAAACAAAGGGGCAUCUUGAUAAAUGGGCAAUUUCCAGGGCCUCAGAUUGAGUCGGUUACCAAUGACAACCUGAUUGUUAGUGUCUUCAAUGCCUUGGACGAACCCCUUCUCAUCUCCUGGAAUGGUGUACAGCAGAGGAGGAACUCAUGGCAAGAUGGAGUGUAUGGUACAAACUGCCCCAUUCCACCAGGACAAAAUUUCACUUAUGUUCUUCAAGUUAAGGACCAGAUUGGCAGCUAUUUCUACUUCCCUUCUCUUGCCUUACACAAAGCCGCAGGAGGCUAUGGCGGUAUCAGAAUUCUUAGCCGCCCGAGAAUUCCGGUGCCUUUCCCUCCUCCUGCUGGUGAUUUCACCCUACUAGCUGGUGACUGGUUCAAGCAAAAUCACACAGAUUUAAAGGCCAUUUUGGAUGGUGGGCAUGAUCUCCCUUUCCCUGAUGGGCUUCUUAUCAAUGGUCGUGGAUCAAAUGGGAACACAUUCACAGUUGACCAAGGCAAGACUUACAGGUUCCGUAUAUCUAACGUGGGGCUUACAACUUCCAUUAACUUCAGAAUCCAGGGCCACAAAUUGCUUCUUGUUGAGGUAGAAGGCACUCACUCUCUCCAGAACACCUAUGAUUCUCUUGACAUUCAUCUGGGGCAAUCCUUAUCUGUCUUGGUCACAGCCGAUCAACCACCUCAAGAUUACAUAAUGGUCUUUUCAACCCGUUUCACCUCUCAAAUUCUCACGUCGACCGCCACUCUUCAUUACAGCAACUCUGCAGGAAGUGUUUCUGGUGCUAUUCCCGGUGGCCCAACAACUCAGAUUGAUUGGUCCCUUGAGCAAGCCCGAUCAUUCAGGCGGAAUUUGACAGCAAGCGGACCAAGGCCUAAUCCACAAGGGUCAUACCAUUAUGGAUUGAUCAAUGUGACACACACAAUGAGGCUAGCGAAUUCUGCUCCAAUAAUCAAUGGAAAGCAGAGAUAUGCAGUCAACAGUGUGUCGUUUAUUCCAGCUGAUACACCACUCAAGCUAGCUGACUACUUCAAAAUCUCUGGAGUGUUUUCGCUUGGAAGCAUCCAAGACAGCCCCACUGGCGGCGGGGCUUAUCUCCAAACUGUUAGACUUUUUAUUUGGGCUUACAUUAAAUUUUAUUGGUUUUAUUAAAACUUGGGUUGAUUGGAUA